AUGGACUGUGGCAUUUUCAAUUCAGUUGAUUUACCUUGUGGUCGUAGUAUUGAGAACAGGCUGGUCAAGACAGCUAUGUACGAGCACAUGGCAAAUUUUUCUGGUGGUCCGCCAAACGAUUUUCACUAUGGCUUGUACUCAGAAUGGGCAAAGCAUGGAUGGGGAAUGAUUAUAACUGGAAAUGUCCCCGUCUCACCUCAGCAUUUGACCUUGGGCCGUGAUAUGGUUGUGCCACCCAUACUCGAUGUAGAGGACAUCAAACCCUUCAGGAGGUUGGCGCAAGUCAUUCACGGAGCCGUUGAUGGCACGCGCCCCCUAGCUAUCAUGCAGCUAUCGCACGCUGGACGCCAAUCAUCGAAUUUUCUUGGCGGUCGGCCGCUUUUUGUUCCACCACUGGCUCCCAGUCCUAUUCGUGUUGGGGCAGGACACGAUGAAAAUUAUGGAAGGGGCGCAAUCUCUGACUUGAUGUUUCAUGCGCUGUUUCAAGUUCCUACGGAGAUGACCACACAUGACAUUCUCAACGUACAAUCCAGUUUCGUGCGAGGUGCUCUCUUGGCAUACAGAUCAGGCUUCGAUGGAAUCCAGCUUCAUGCUGCCCAUGGAUAUUUGCUUGCACAAUUCAUGAACCCUAAGAGUAAUAUCCGGACGGACAAAUAUUCAGUAGCACCGCAAAACGUCACUCGCAUGCUGUCCGAGAUAGUUCAAGCUAUGCGCAAGGUGGUGCCAACCACUUUCAUAAUCGGAAUCAAAAUCAACUCGGCUGACUAUAUACCUUCUGGAAGUGCCGAAGAAGUAUUUCAGGAAGGCGAACAGCGUGUCCUGGAUCACAUUCGCACCAUUGCAAGUUGGGGUAUGAUUGACUUUAUCGAGAUUAGUGGCGGCGAUUACGAAAAUCCUGACUUUAUGGCAUGCAGUGGAUCUCAAACACUAGGCCGCCAAGCCUUCUUUGCGCAGUUCUCACGGACAGUCAUGAAGGAUCUUCACCAAUCGCCUGUCCCUUUGUCUUCCGUCCCACUCAUUCUGCUGACUGGUGGCCUCCGUUCUUAUUCUCACCUACAAGCUGCCUUGAUGUCAAAGCACGCCGACUUGCUAGGCAUCGGGAGGGGUGCUGUCAUUUGUCCCGACCUGCCCAAGAUCCUUCGAUUACAGCUACAAAAUAGCAAAUCUUCUAGUGCUUGGGCUGACAAGCCUUUUGCACGCGAACCAGAUAUAGAGUCCAGACCUUCUAAAUGGGUACCAAGUGUAAAGCUUAUUGGCGCUGGCGUCGGGACUGCAUGGUAUGUCAGUCGAAUGAGGGACAUUGCCAUCUCCCAGAUCGAGAAUCCCAGAGCGGAACCACCACUCGUGGAUUACAACAGAGGAGCAUUAAUUGCUCUGCUUAGGAUGUGGGUUUGGUUCAAUUCUAGAAUACCCCCGAUUUGGAUCCUAGGAAUAUUCACGGUGCUCGUUGUCACGGUCUGGUAUUCUGUCAUUGCGUUAUUGUGA